GAAAAAAGAAAAAUAUCGAGGUUCAUUUCUUGCAGAGACAUGAGACAGAGAGAGAAGCAAAACCAAACCAAAUUCUCGUUCGAUCUUUGACCCCUCUAGUUCGAUCUCUCUCUCCUUUCUAUUCUUUCAGACAUGGAUGAGAGUUUAAAUGAUAGUGAAUCCUCGGUGACUCGCAUCCAACAGUUGGAACAUGAGCGUGAUGAAUUGCGCAAAGAUAUUGAACAAUUGUGUAUGCAACAAGCUGGACCAAGCUACCUUGCUGUGGCUACUCGAAUGCAUUUUCAAAGGACAGCUGGCUUGGAGCAGGAGAUUGAGAACUUGAAGAAGAAGCUAACUGCUUGCACAAGAGAGAAUAUAAAUCUUCAAGAGCAACUUUCAGAGGCUUACCGAAUCAAAAGCCAACUUGCAGAUCUGCAUGGUAUAGAGGUCUCAAAGAAUAUGGAAGCUGAGAAGCAGCUUAAAUUUUUCCAAGGCUGCGUAGCAGCUGCUUUUGCUGAAAGAGACAAUUCAAUAAUGGAGGCUGAGAAGGCUAAGGAGAAGGAGGACAUUAUGACGCAGAAAUUGAACAAUAUCCAGAAGAGGCUAGAGGAGCUCACAUCAGAUUGUCUAGAACAGAAGAAAUUUAGUGAUAUGUUGCGUAUUGAUCUAGCAAAGCAAGAAGAUCAAAAUAAGACUUUCAAGAAGGUUAUUGAUAAGUUUUUUGAGAUUAGGCAACAGUCUCCAAAAGGAUUUGAAGGUACAACUUGGGAUGAUAAAUGUGCUUGUCUUUUGCAUGAUCCUCAAGAAAUGUGGAGUUUUAAUGAUACUUCCACUUCUAAAUACAUUAGUGCAUUAGAAGAAGAGCUGGAGAUGACAAGGAAAUCCAUGGAUAAUCUUCGAAAUAAGCUGCGGGUGGGGUUGGAAAUUGAAAAUCAUCUAAAGGCCAAAGUUCGUGAUUUUGAAAAGAAGAAUAUAUGUUCAACCAAAAUGAUUAAGGAUGGAAUAGCAGAGUUGCAUCAAUACCAUUAUCAGCAUAGAGUUCAAGUCAUGAAUUUGCUUGAUGACGGGAAAUCUUAUAUGAAGUCAAUAGUUGACAUGAUAGAGAAGAAUAUUAGGCAGUUUGAAGUGAGCAGAGUACAAAGUUUGGGAUCUCCUCGAGGAGAAGAAAAACCAGAAGAAUAUGAAUGUCGAGAUGUACAUAUGGCCACUGUUGUAGAAUCUGACUUGUUACCUAAGAGGAGUUGUCCCGGCUUACCAGACAUUAUGGCUGAAGCAAAAGGCAAUGCUUCCAAAGCCCUUGCACAGGCAUUGCAAGAGAAGGUUGCAGCAUUGUUGCUUUUAUCACAGCAGGAAGAAAGACAUUUACUGGAGAGAAAUGUGAAUGCAGCUCUUCAAAGGAAAAUGGAGGAACUCCAGAGAAACUUAUUACAGGUUACCAAUGAAAAGGUGAAAGCUCUCAUGGAGUUGGCACAAAUAAAGCAGGAAUAUCAACUACUUCAGGACAGGAAAAGUGGUCAGGAGAUUAAACAAGGAAAAGGUUUGGCUGAUAUUGUUGGAAAAAAACUUGUUCCUUAUGACAGAGAUGGAAAGUUAACAAACUUGCUGAAGAGAACGUAUCUGAGACGUUGGAUUGGUACACUAGAUGGUAGUGGGAGCGAAGCUGAAGUUUACCAUAAUAAUGAGGGGAAACUCUUCAGCAGAAGGUCCAAUAGCAUGGACUUUGCCAGAAUGAAGAUUGAACAUGCAACUCUUAAGGAAAGCAUGGAAAGUAUGGAGCAUCUCACAUCUUCAAUUCAUAGGCUUCGUCUCUCGCUUAUGAAGGCCAAAGAAUCAGGGACUUCCGAAGGUACAGUCACUAGCAUUUCAGAAGCUCUUGAUGAUAUUAUAUGCGAGGCAAAACUUGUCAAGACUGCCCUUGGCAGCUCCCUGCCUGUUAGUUGGUCAGCUGAGGCUGAUGUUGAUUCCAUUGAUGAAAGCAUAAGCAAUAAUCUCAAAGAUUUUUAUGAGGACUCCAUCAAUGAGAAGAUAGAUGCCGUGUCUGCUGCAGGAUUUGAGAUGGUGGAGCUUCUCAUACUUGCAGCUCAGAUAUUGAAGGACAGCUCAAUGAGAAGUGGUUCAUGAGAUGGAAGUUGAGUUCUGAUAAUGUUUGGUCUUGGUUCCUGGUGACUUUUGGUGCAGUGUAAAUGGUUAAUAUUGGUCCCGUAAAGGCAAGGCUAUGAGGAGGUGGAUAAAAUGAAAGAUUAUUUUGGUGGGAUGGGGGGAGAAACUGAUAUAUGCGCUGUAUGAGAAGGGAAAAAUAUGAAUAUAUGUGCAGUAAAAUGGGGGCAGAAGCAUGUGUAGUAUCUUGUCAUUGCACAUUCAUGUAUUGUUAUCCUGGUGUCUUGGGUGGAUGUUGGGGAAGUUCAAUCCCUUGGGACUUACAUGGGGUGAUUAGUUGCCCAGGUAAUGUAUUGUAAAUUUGUAAUAUUGUAAAUGGGUUGACAUUAAAAUUCGAAUUCAAAAGUGGUUAUACUGAUAGAUCACCUUCAUUCA